CAAUUUCAUCAUAUUUCAAUUUAACCCCACAAAUUUGCACGUCUCUAUUGUCCGUCUUGUCUCUAUUUCUCUCGGACAACAACAACACAGGGCUCUCGUUAUUGAGGGUUUUCUAUCUCUUUCCCCUUCGUCUCAAACUCAAUAAACCCCUUUUUUUCUGGCUUUUUUCUCCCGUGAAUUCGCUUAGUUGAAGUGUUUCAAGUUGAGGGUUUUCUUUUGAUUUGGGGGCAUAAACUUGAGGGCUCGUCGAUUGUUAGGGAAUUGAAGAUACGGUUUAUGGGAAUUCAAGUGAACUCAUAGUAGAUUUUCUCAAACAACAGAAUGGGUGAUGAGAGUUUUGAUGAUGGUUUACUGACUGAGAAACUGGCUAAAGUCAACGGUUCUCAGCAGAGCAUUGAAUCUGUAUCUCGGUGGUGCAUACUUCACCGCAAAAAGGCUAAGCAAGUUGUUGAAACAUGGGAGAAAUUAUACAAAGCUGCACAGCAUGAGCAGCAGGUUGCCUACUUAUACUUGUCGAACGACAUCCUGCAAAAUAGCAGGCGCAAGGGCAGUGAAUUUGUGAAUGAAUUCUGGAAGGUUCUUCCAGCAGCUCUCAAGGGUCUUUACAGUGGUGGCGGUGAGAAUGGCAGAAAAGUUGCCUCCAGAUUGGUUGACAUUUGGGAAGAAAGAAAAGUUUUCGGAUCGAGGGGCCAAAAUCUUAAAAAUGAAAUAGUGGGGAAAUCUCCCCCCAUCAACAAUGUCAAGAAUUCGAAUCCUAUCAAGGUGAUGAAGAGAGAUGCCACCUCCUUGAGAGUUAAAUUGGCUGUUGGAGGUUUGCCAGAAAGGAUUCUAACUUCUUUGCAGUUGGUACACGAUGAAGCUGUCAAAGAAGAAGUAGCCUUAAACAAAUAUCGUAGUGCUGUUUCUAAUGUACGAGAAAUAGAGAAAGAUGUUGUACAUGCUUCGUCUCAAGGAAACAUGAAUGCUUCUGAUGUGGUAGAUAAUAUACAGAAACAGGAGAACAUUAUACAACACUGUGUUACCAAACUUGAAAACUCUGAAGCAGUUAGAGCUGCUCUUGUUUCCCAGCUUCGAGAAGCACUUCAGGAUCAAGAAUCAAAGCUCGAGCAGAUUCGCAGCGAGUUACUUGUUGCUCGAGGUCAGAUUGAGCAAGCAGCCAACAUGAGGCAACAGCUUAUAACAUCAACUUCUUCCACUGCACCGACAGCUGUCAGUCAACCGAUCAUGGUGGAGCCCACUUUCAAUACGAGUAUGCCUAUGCCUAUGACUAUGACUAUGCCUAUGCCUGUGCCGCCACCUGCCUAUCCCUUGACUUCAUUUGCCAGCUCCGGCGAAGAGGAGAGCAAGAAGGCAACUGCCGCCGCCGUUGCUGCAAAAUUGGCCGCCUCAACUUCCUCCGCCCAAAUGCUCACCUCCAUUCUCUCCUCCCUCGUAGCAGAGGAGGCCGCUUCCAUGAGCAGCGGCUUGAAAAGGCCCAAGCUAGAGCCGCCAAUGCAAUUCUCCGACGCGAAGAACACCUCCGACGGAGCUAACUCCGCCUAUUUUACUAGCGGCACCACACAGCCUCUUUCCCAGUUACAGCCUCCGUUCCUCCCUCCUCCGCCGCCUGUUGCACCACUUCCGGCGAAUCCUAUGAUGGGAAUGCCCUAUGGCUACGGUGUAAGCAACUUAAUGCCGCCUAAUGGUGGGCCCAUGGGGUUCGCUAUGCCACCUCAGCAGCAACAGCAGCAACAACAGCAACAACAGCAGCAGCAACAGGUGGGGCAGAGCCAGCAAGGGCAGCCACAGCAGCCUACGAGCGGUGGAUAUUACAGGCCUAUAGGUGUUGGAUUUUACGGGCAAAGCCAUCAGCCGCCCACACCGCCGAUACACCGCCAGUGAGGGGAGUCGUUUAAUGGUAUAACUGGGGGGACCCCUUUUGUCAGUUUUGUAUAUUAAUAGGGAUAGUCUUAUGUGACUAGGAAUUUAACUUUUUGAGAGAUGUUCAUUUUGCAAACUGGCAUAUAUAUUGUGGUAUUUUGUAGCUCUCAUGUAAAACUAAUGUGUGGGAAUUUUUUAAAUUAGUAUUUAGCAACAGAGACCA